UUUAGUAAACAAACUUACAAACAAAAAACAACUUUUAAAACUCUAUUAUUUAGGGCAAACUGGUCUUCAUAUUACACUGUAUAUGUGUCUACAUACGUACAGAUAUACAAAAUGAGAAUGGAUGGCUUUAAGAAGGUCGGGGAUGAUCUUGAUAGGAUCAUUGAAUCUGACACGACGAGCACCAUAACAACAGACUCUGAAGACAACAAACCUGCGUUGACAUGCAGGGAGAAGUUGAGGUAUAUCAUACACGGCAACAAGUUUCAAAUAACGAUUAUUAUUCUCGUGAUUAUUGACUGUUUGCUUGUCAUAUCAGAGCUGUUAAUUGACCUUGGAGUUUUCGAUCAUCAAAUCCGCUCUGGAGGAGGAGAGGGUGAAGAGGGAGGGGGGACAUCAGUGACAAAACGUCACCCGACAGUAAGCGUUGUAGCAGAGGUGCUGCAUUUCCUCAGUAUCGCUAUCCUAAGCUUGUUCAUGAUUGAGAUCAUUGUUAAAGUGUAUGCCAUGGGACUUGAUUUCUUCAAGCACAAGAUGGAGGUGUUUGACGCAGUUGUGGUCAUUGUAUCGUUUGCACUGGAUAUUGCGUUUAUUGGUAAUGAGGCCGUAUCUGGCGGAAUCGGACUGCUGAUUUUGUUGAGGCUCUGGCGAGUGACCAGAAUAUUAAAUGGUAUUAUUUUGUCUGUGAAGACGCAAGCAGAAAAGCGACUCAAUCGUGAGAAACAAGCCCGGGAAGCUGUUGAGCAGGAACUUGCCAAAUUUCGCACUUAUUGCUCUGAGCAGGAGCUAGAAAUAGAGACCUUACAAAACUUACUCACCAAACAUAAAAUAAACUUUAAGAAAAGUGAACGUCUUCCAAUUUCAAAAACAACCCUGAAUGUGAUAGCGGAAGUCAAUGAAAUCAAGGAACCGAAUGUGAACAAUGAAAGCAGUGGAAAUACCAAUGUGACCCAACAGAAUAACUCUGUAACAUCGGAAAAUGUGCCUGUAACUAAACCAGCUGUCGAAAGUGAAGCAUAGACUCAUGAACACAAGAUUGAAUUAUUUAAGAAAACUGAUGAGGAAAUUAUGGGUUCUAACUUAUUUUUUAUAUAUAUAUGUAGUCAAUAGAACUGUUUCACUACAAUAUACAGGGUGCAUAUUAAAUUCUUUUUACAAUUACAAGUCGGUGUAAAGUGUAAAGAGACCUCAUGGACACCCUGUGUAUUUAUAAAUGCCUGGGUAUUGUUCCAUAGCAAUGCAGUUUUUUUAGUUUCAUUUUUCAUGUUGAUAUUCUUUUAGUGGAUACUUUUGUCAUUGAAAUACUCUAACAUGUACAUGUAAUGAUCUAAUUUAAAGAGAACAGUUUAUUUUUCAUAUAUCCUUA